AUUGUCCCAAAUUCCAAAAUCUUUGCUUGUUGCAUGAAGCCUUCAUCUUUUGAACGUUUUGGAGUGCUUCGAGCUACUUUUGGUCACUUUGAAAGAUUGAACCUGGAAUGCAAACUUAAUGAGAUCUUCAUCGAUGUCUUACGUCCUGAAGUGGAAGAGGAUCGUGGUUGUUUAGACUUUUUCCCUUGGGUUUAGAGCCUUUGCCCAAAAUUAGUGACAGGAAAUACUUGUAGCUGCUGCAGAAGUCAGUGCACUUAAUUGUGGUGGCUGUGGUCUGAAGCUGGCGUAGAGUCUUACACCAGUAUGUUUUCAGGUGUCCCACAGGGUGGGCAAUCAGGAGGGGCUCGUCCUGAGCUGUACGAGGAUGUGAAGCUGUAUCGUACUGCCAGGGAGCGUGAAAAGUAUGACAACAUGGCGGACUUGUUUGCACUUAUCCAGACUAUCCAGUGUCUGGAAAAGGCUUACAUCAAGGAUGCUGUAGCACCGAAAGAGUAUACUGCUGCGUGCUCUAAACUACUUGUUCAGUUCAAGGCUGCCUUCAAGCAGGUUCAAUCGCAAGACUUCCCAAAUGUAGCUGCUUUUGUGGCCAAAUACAGGCUUGACUGCCCAGCGGCUAUGGAGCGUAUUCAAGAUGGACGUCCUCUGACUAUUCGCGACGACAAGGGAAACCAGAGCAAAACCAUUGCUGACAUUACUUCGUUAUUUAUCACUAUCAUGGACAAGCUGCGGCUGGAGAUACGUGCAAUGGAUGAGAUUCAUCCGGAUACUAAUGAGCUGUAUGAUGCAUUGACAAGGCUCAGCACUUUACCACCAGAUUACGAUGGGAAAGUGAAGGUCAAGACAUGGCUAGAUCGGCUAGGAGCCAUGAGCGCUAGUGAUGAGUUGACUGAUGAACAAGUUCGACAAAUGCUCUUUGAUUUGGAAAGUGGCUACCACGGAUUUAUUCGAGUUUUGCAGGAGAUCUAGAGUGUGCCACUUGUAUAUGCCACUCUAUGACAUGAAUCCUGUGCACUCGCACGGUUUACCGACACUAUUUUCACACAUAAGAAAGAGAGGGUCAUUUGGGACAUCGCAUGCCGUGUACCAUUUUAUACUCCUGAAAUUUGAAUCUAUAUUUGUUGCAAGUACAUCAUGAAACCGCUUUCAUCUCUCUCCAUAGCGCUCAGAUUUUAGUAUCAUGCUUUUUUUGCUUGCAAACAUACUGGGAAUCGCCUGUGCUAGGUCUUGAGGUUUUUUGCAUUGUUUCUGUACAUAAUACACAUAAUGCUGUGAGGCUGACUUUAGCUGUAGCUGUCUGCUGUCAUACUCUUUCUAGGCUACCCAUGUACCCGUCCGUGGCUGCAUCAUCAUUCAUUUUUUUACUCUUUUUACUGUAUCGAUUAAGUGUCUUCUGUGCACUUUUAGAACUGUUCUGUUCUGUGCUUUGAUCUUUGAAGAACUUUGUCUUCGUGUCUGCA